UUUGACACAUCCGCCAUAACGUUUUCAGAUUUGUUGUUGCUAAACAGUAGGAAAUAAAAUAGAAAAAGCUUUUGUAGGCGUUUUGUUUUAUUUUACUAUUGUUAAUAGUAUGGCGAUAGUUGAGGAUGAUGUGCGGAAUGAUUCUGAGGAGGAAAAUGAAAUCGAAGUGGCGGUCGAGGACGAGGAUGGCGAGCAAGAUUCAGGCGACGACGAUUCCGAUGAAGAAAUUACUUCUCAGGACGAUGACAAGGAGGAAGCGCUGGAGACCAAGGUGGCCGAGCUGGAGCGCCGCAUCGCCGAGGACCCGUACAACUAUGAUGAUCACAUAGAACUUAUACAGGCUUUAUGGGGUCUAUCAGAGCUGGAGUGCUGGCGGUCGGCCUUCGAGCAGCUGCAGCAGAUCUCCCUGAUCCAGGCGGAGCACUGGCUCAUGAGGCUGCAGACCGAGGUGUCCCUCGCUCACACCGAGGAGGUCCGCGACCAGGUCACCGAGCUGUUCCAGCAGGCCUCUCUGGAUUGUUAUUCGAUCCCGAUCCUGACCUGCUGGCUGGGCUGGGCGCUGGAAGCGGGCGCGGCGGACGCGGUGCGAGCCGCCCUGCGCCGGGUGCUGCGGCUCGGGGGCGCCCAUCCCGCCCACGGGAAGGUCUACUGGGACGCCUAUGCUGAGCUGGAGAAGGGGCAGCUUGAGAACCUUAGCGAAGACGACCCGUCAUACAAGGAGCAAGUGGACCGCCUGUUGUUCUGCUACGAGGAGAUAGUGUCGCGGCCGCUGGUGGGCGCGGCGGACGCGUGGCCGUCGCUGGAGCAGUUGGUGAAGAAGCACCACGACGACAAGUACCUGGAACGGAUUAAAAAGCAACAUGAGGCAGCUAAGGAAUAUCUGCAGAAAAUAACACCAUUCGAGGACAAGAUAUUAGAAUCCGAAGACGUGGAGGAGAAAAUGGCGGUAUAUAUGGAGUACAUUGAAGUGGUGAAGGAGUUGGGUAAAGAUGACAAAUACUCUGAGUGCGACAGUGACGGCAUAUUAAGGGUCCUCUACGACCGAGCCACCACCGACUGCCUGUCCUCCCGCCUCAGCAGCCAGGUUCUCCACGCGUGGAGUGCACGAGCCUCCCGCCGCACCACACCAGGCGCACGACGCGAGCUCUGCGCGUGCGCAAGACGCGAGCCCAGAGCGCACGCGCAUGUGGUCAGGCUGAUGAGGCACGAUGAGCGGGAGGGGAAGGGGUUUGAGCAUAUAAAAUCCCUGCUCGAGACAUCCCUAUCCAAAGGCAUGGAGACGUACAAGGACACGGAGGCGCUGUGGCUGGCGUACCUAGAGUACAUGCGCAGACACACGGCCUUCGACUGCGAGCAGCAGCUGGCGCGGCUGCGGCGCACGCUGCGACUCGCCUGGGACUCACUCGCAGAGACGUGGGGCGCGGAGGCGAACGACUGCGAGGUGCCGCUUUUCUGGGCGCGGCUCGAGUACAAGCGCGCGCGCGAGCCGCUGCGCGGGAAGGAAAUCUUCGAGGAGAUCUUCAAUUACGGCGAAAACAAAACGAUGUCCAAAUACUGGGAGGCCCUCAUAAGCUUAGAAACCCAACGCACGCCGCCGCCCUCCGAGAACAAACUACGAGACUUACACAAGCGAGCGUUGCGGUUCGUGCAGGACUACCCGCCGAGCGUCGUGAGACUGUACACGGACUUCGAGAGGGAUGUCGGGUCUGUCGACACUAUGAGUGCCUGCGCUGAGGAUUGCGAGGCAAAAUUAAAGGAAUGGCGGGAGAGCUACCAAGCAAUGAAAGAAAAGAUGGCCGGCCAAAGGAACAAGGGGAAACAACCGCAGAACAAGAAGCAGAAAUUAGACAAGAAACAGAAAACCGACGCGAGAUCCCCCAACAAAGGCAAGAGAAAGGCGGAGGACGCGGGCGAAGACAGCGGGAGUAAGAAGAAGAAAGAGAAUGAGACUAAAGGUGCGACGGAAGGAGAUGGAAGUAGCUCUAGUGGUGCGUUGAAGCGGACGCACGAGGAUGGUGGUGGGGAUGCCCCCGCUACAGCGGGCAAGCGCGCGCGGCGGGACAGCGGCGCGGACAGCACGCCGGCCAGUCGGGAGGCCUGCACGCUCUUCGUUAGUAACUUAGAAUUCAAAGUAAAUGAGGAGGAUCUUAGGAGCAAGUUGUCAGAGUUCGGCGACAUAGUGUCGCUGCGGCUGCGCGAGGGAGUCAAGGCGUUUGGAGGCUCCAUCUGCUACUGCCAGUAUAAGAAGCCUGAAUCCGUGGACGAAGCUAUAAAGCACGACCGGUGCCCCCUGAACGGCCGGCCGAUGUUCCUCUCUCGAUACAAGGAGUCCACUAACAAAGAGAAAACGUUCAAAUACGCCACUUCUACGGAGAAGAAUAAACUGUUUGUGAAAAACUUACCGUUCUCGUACUGUACGAAGGAGAAACUGACUGAAGUGUUUGAACCACAUGGCAAGCUGAUCGACGUCCGGCCGAUUACGCACAAAGACGGGCGACCGAAGGGUCUGGCCUACAUCGAGUUCGAGGACGAGGCGUCGGCGUCACACGCGCUCGAGAAAACUAACGGCACGCUGCUGGAGGAACGCAAGAUUGACGUGGCCAUCAGUGCGCCGCCCGCCAAGACCGACGCGCGGGGGAACCUCGGCAUGCCGAAGAGAGACGCCGGCGGGAGCCAUAUGCGCCGCACGCAACUCAGCGGGUUCAUCCCUAGCGUGCUGCUGAAGGCCUCGACGAGUAAAGCGAACGGUAGCCAUAGCAACGGAGACGAGAAGAAAACACUUAGCAACAGCGACUUCAGAAGUUUACUGCUAAAGAAAUAACUCACACUAUAAGUAAAUACUCCGGUAGGACUUUGUAAAGUACCCCUCUUGGUGUAAGGGUAAAAAUCGUUCAAUGAAGAAUCAACCAAUCAAAGCGCUGCGUUUCGUUAUGGAGUAUCAGUCUGACUUGAUAUAAUUUAAUGAAAAAUCGAGACGGAGUUUUAGGGCCGAUUUCAUAAUACUGUGUUAGUGAUUAGCGUCAGUUUAUCUAUGGCGAACACAGUAUGGUGAAACCGGACUAUGGUGUUGUAAUAUACUUACUCGAUAAGUUGAACUUUAUUUGUAAGUCAUAGAAUAAAACUGUUCACUUUCUAGGUUAGAAAAAAUAAUUUGUUACGCGCUGAAUGUGUAUGUGUUUUUUUAAACGGCUUCAAAAAGGAAGAGGCAUUUUUGUUUUAUAUUUUUAUUUCUCAUUACAAAAACUGUAUGACUGUUCUUUUUAUUUUAUUUGUUGAUUAAUACCAGUUUUCGUUUUUAUCAUCGCAAAAAUGAUUAUGAAUACUUACCUAGCUUUUUUAGAGUUUUAAUAUUUUUAUCAUUAAUGAUUAAUUACUAAAAUCUCUCAAUUUUAUUGUGUCCCUUCAGUUAUCUACUUUUUAAAUAUAUAAAGCUCUUGAAUUAAAAAUGUUUUUAUGUA